UUAGAAGGAGCGUUCAUUCCCCAGACCCUUUAGCACUUGUUGGCAGGGAAGAGGCAGAUGGGGGAAAGAAGGUGGGGAGCACAGGCCGCUCUGCAUCCCCGAGUCCUGGUUCCCCGCGGAGUAGGAGCCAGUCCCCUUGGUGCCAUCGCAUCCCCGGAGAAGACCUGCGCGCUACGCCCGCCCUUCUCCGGCGCGUGUUGCGCGUGCGCGUCGCCGUGGUAACCGCGCAGCGGAAAGGCGCUGAAUCACCGCAUGCGCUACCCCGACGCCAGCCGAGCUGAGCUGGGGACGAGCGGGGGUCCCGUGGCCGCCUCGCUGGAGCGGUGCCGCCCCCAGCAGGUAGAGCGGGGCGCCGGAGCACUGGCCGCGUUCGCAGUCCCUGCUGGAGAGGCCAAAUCUGGCUCCUGAAAACAUCAAAGGGAACCUGUACCCAAUCGCUACCUCAGAAGCCUGCUGUUCACCCUGAAUGAAGCAGAAUGGCGCUCACAGGCAAACUCCUGUCACUGCUGCUGCUGGUGACUGCUGCAGGUUGCACUGGUCAGCCCUGCAGCGAGGGCAGGACCUAUUCCAAUGCCAUCAUCUCCCCGGACCUGGAGACCAUCAGAAUCAUGCCUGUGCCUCAGACCUUCUCUGUGGGGGACUGCACAGCCGCCUGCUGUGACCUGCCCAGCUGUGACUUGGCCUGGUGGUUUGAGGGGCACUGCCACUUGGUGAGCUGCCCACAGAGAGAGAGCUGCACCCCCAAGAGAACCGGGCCCAUCCACUCCUACCUCACCUUUGUGCUGCGGCCGCCAGCCGAGAGGCCCGAGCAGCUGCUGGACUACGGGGAGAUGAUGCUGAGCAAGGGUGUGCCGUCGGGAGCCUGGGGGGAACCCCCUGAGGACCUCCUCAAGGAUCUGCCCUUUCUAGACAGAGGUGGGGGCCUGGAGGAACCCACAGACUACGUGGAGGAUGGCUACAGGGAUCUGGAGCCAGGCCUCCUGCCCACCAACCUACCAAGCCCCCUGGGGGAUGCCCAGGAUGCUGGCUGGGGUGCUGGUGUUGCCAAUGCCUCCUUAGGGGAUGGCCCCUCAGCCUUAGUAUCUGCAGACCACCCAGCAUUCACGGGGGUUGGCCCAGCAUUCACAGAGGAUGGUCCCUCGGCCUCAGUAUCUGUGGGGGACCACCCAGGAUCCCCCAGGGACAGUCCCAAGGCAUCUACGUCCCCAGCAGAUGGUCCAGUAGCCUCAGGAUCCACAGAGGAGAAGCCACAGGAUGCCGAGCUCGGUCCCAGCACCCCACAGCACCCUACACCGAGCAAGGCCGCCAGGCUGGCCACCCCCAUACCCUCUUCACUCCCUUCCCUGGGCCCUUCGUCUCCAUCCCCGGAACAGGGUCCAGACAAAGACAACCCUUCUCAGCCCCAGGCACCAUCUGGCAACAGUCCUGGGGCACAGGUCCUAAUACCUUCUCAUAGUCCUCCUCCUGCCAGCUUGGAGUUCACCCCAGUGACGGUGGAGAAAAGCCCAAUCCUCAUAGUCAACACAUGGAGCACAGAGCUCAGCACCCCAACACUUCCCACCGGCACUGUCCCUUCUGGGGCCUCCCCUUCUGAACACCCCAUAUCUCCCAAGACAGCCCAGUUGCUGUCAGUGUCUGCUGGAGAUAACCUCUUUCUGACCUUACCCCAGGACUCCGUGGAGCUGAAGGCCUUGGUUGUACCAGUGCCCCCUGCAGAUACAACCUACAGCUAUGAAUGGAGCUUGGUAAGCCACCCUGUGGACUACCAAGGUGAACUCAAGCUAGGAAACACAGAGGCUCUUAACCUGUCUCACCUGUCAGCAGGAGUUUAUGCCUUCAAAGUCACCGUUUCUAGUGACAACGCCUUUGGAGAGGGAUUCGUCAAUGUCACUGUUAAGCCAGCUGGAAGAGACAACCUGCCACCCGUAGCUGUUGUUUCUCCUCAAGAGCAAGAGCUCACUCUGCCUCUGACGUUGGCCCUCCUGGACGGCAGCCAAAGUACAGACGAUACUAAAAUAGUGAGUUAUCACUGGGAAGAAGUUAGCGGGCCUUUCUUAGAGGAGAAGACCUCCACUGAUUGCCCCAUCUUACACUUGUCUCACCUCGUUCCUGGUAACUAUACUUUCAGGCUGACCGUUACAGACUCAGAUGGGGCCACUAACUCCACGACUGCCACCCUAAUAGUCAACAGCGCCGUGGACUAUCCACCUGUUGCCAGUGCAGGAUCGAAUCAGACCAUUACUUUGCCCCAAAACACCAUCACCUUGAACGGAAACCGGAGCAGUGACGAUCACCAGAUUGUGCUCUAUGAGUGGUCCCUGGGCCCCGGCAGUGAGAGCAAAGAGGUGGCCCUGCAGGGAGCAGGGACCCCAUACCUGCACGUGUCUGCAAUGCAGGAAGGGGAGUACACGUUUCAGCUGAUCGUGACAGAUUCUUCAGGACAGCAGUCCACUGCGGAGGUCACCGUGAUUGUCCAGCCUGAAGACAAUAGGCCUCCGGUGGCUGUGGCUGGCCCUGAUAAGGAGCUGGUCUUCCCGGUGAACAGUGCUACUCUGGAUGGGAGCAGGAGCAGCGAUGACCAUGGCAUUGUCCUCUACCGCUGGGAGCACGUCAGAGGCCCCAGUGCAGUGGAGAUGGCAAACGGGAACGCAGCAGUAGCCACGGUGACUGGCCUCCAGGUGGGUACCCACCACUUCCGGUUAACAGUGAAGGACCAGCAGGGACUAAGCAGCACAUCCACCCUGACCGUGGCCGUGAAGGAGGAAAAUAAUAGUCCUCCCAGAGCCCAGGCUGGUGGCAGACAUGUUCUUGUGCUUCCCAAUAACUCCAUUACUUUGGAUGGUUCAAGGUCUACUGAUGACCAAGGAAUUGCGUCCUAUCUGUGGAUCCGGGACGGCCAGAGUCCAGCAGCUGGAGAUGUCAUUGGUGGCUCUGACCACAGUGUGGCCCUGCAGCUCACAGAUCUGGUGGAGGGUGUCUAUACUUUCCACCUGCGAGUCACCGACCCGCAUGGGGCCUCGGACACAGACACGGCCACCGUGGAGGUGCGGCCAGACCCCAGUAAAGGCGGCCUGGUGGAGCUCAUCCUGCAGGUGGGAGCCGGACAGCUGAUGGAGCAACAGAAGGACGCCCUGGUGCGGCGGCUGGCCACGCUGCUGGGCACGCUGGACUCGGACGUGAGGGUGCAAAAGAUCCAGCCCCACUCGGAUGUGAGCACGGCAGUUGUAUUUUAUGUCCAGAGCGGGCCACCAUUCAAGGUGCUCCAGGCUGCCCAGGUGGCCCGGAGCCUGCACAGGCGUCUCUCCAAGGAGAAGGCCGACUUCCUGCUCUUCAAGGUCUUGAGGAUUGACACUGCAGGUUGCCUUCUCACAUGUUCUGGUCACGGCCACUGUGACCCCAUCACCAAGCGCUGUGUGUGCUCCGCACUGUGGAUGGAGAACCCUGUACAGCGGUACCUGUGGGACGCAGAGAGCAACUGUGAAUGGAGCAUCCUCUAUGUGGCCGUGCUGGCUUCCGCUCUUACAGUGCUCAUGGGAGGCAUAACCUGGCUCUGCAUCUGCUGCUGCAAGAGAAGAAAAAGGACUAAAAUAAGGAAAAAAACCAAGUACACCAUCCUGGAUAACAUGGAUGAGCAGGAAAGAAUGGAACUGAGACCCAAAUACGGUCUUAAGCACUGCAGCACAGAGCACAACUCCAGCCUGAUGGUGUCUGAGUCAGAGUUUGACAGUGACCAGGACACCAUCUUCAGCCGAGAAAGGAUGGAGCGAGAGGACACCCAGGGUUCCAUGAAUGGCCCUGUUGGGAAUGGCACCUCCUUCAGCUACUGCUCAGAGGACAGAUAAUGGUGUGACACUGAGGCAGGGACACCCUCUGCGGUGGUUCACACGUGACCCUGACUCUCGGCAGCAGUUUGUUGCACCCUCCCACAGGGCGCGAUGUGUGUCCCCACGGAGAACAAGACUGCUUUCUUGGAGUUUUCAAGAUAAAAAGAAACAAUAUUGCCCUUUUAACUGGGAUGCUCAUUAAUAGGAAUAAAGGCUGGGUAAAACUUCUAAGGUGUAUCUUACAAGAGUUUUGUAAAUUUGUAGCUGCCACCCUUUCAUGUUGCCACGUUAAAAUAAAGGUAAACACCUGUUUUUCUGCGUAGAACCUUAGGGAAGGUGACUUCAACAAGGGUGUUGGGGCAGCUGAUCACCCUUGGUAGCUGCAGUCGCCUUUAAGGACAGCGGGCCCCGCAAGGCUUCUCCAGCACGACCUGCUGCUGGACAGCUGAUGUAACUUCCCGCCGGCGGUCUGAGCCCUCUGUGCUGAGCCUGAUGCCUUUCCACACCUUUGCCACAGCCAACACUGGGUGUGCUUUCUUGAAACCUUUAGAGCUGAGGAAGAACUGAAUUCUAGGGACAGGAGGCAACAGCAAGGGAGGCAGGGUUUCAGGACUUGGAGAUUCAAAGUUGACUAUAGCAUUUAACAUUCUUUCUUUUCAUUCUCUAAGAAAAACAAACUAGGCCUCUCAGCUCCAGUCUCUAUCAAUGGCAGUAAAAUGUAUUAGUAAUCUACUGAACGCGUAUUAAGUAUGGAAUGUGCACUGCUCAUUUGGACUGCCACGAAUACAGGUAAUGACUCUGCGACUGUGUGCCUGUUCUGAAGCUGGAAAAUGGCCAGUCCUGAUGGAAACGGGGUGGUCUUGAUACUCUGGACUGCACGUACUUUCCAAAAGGGUGCUGGGUCAGAGGCACCUGCACUGCAUAUGUUUAAAAAUAUUUAAAAAGAAAACAAAAACAAUAAAGAGACAUUUAUUAAAACAGCUUCUCGGGCUGGGGAUUUAGUUCAGUGGUUCUGCUGCCUGCCUCGUAAGCACAAGGUCCCGAGUUUGAUCCCUGGUACCAAAAAAAAAACAAAACAGCUUCUCGAAUCUUAUUAUAAACAUAUGGAAAAAAAUCAAACCAUUUCUACCCACAAAGUAGCACCCCAGAGCAUUUGACUGAAAUUAAUUGCAGUGGUGUGUGCCCAUUAAUCCCAGCACUCUAGGAAGCUGAGGCAGGAGAAUUCACAAGUUUGAACCCAACCUGGGCAACUUAGUAACUUAAUGGGAUCUUGUCUCAAAGUGAAAAAUAAAAAAGGGCUUGGAAUGUACCUCAGUGCAAAGACCCUAGUUUCAAUGCCCAGUACUACAAAAAAGAAAAAGUAGGGCCGGGAAUUUAGAUCAGUGGUUCCGCUGCCUGCCUCGCAAGCACAAGGACCAGAGUUUGAUCCCUGGUACCAAAAAAAAAAACCCUGCCAAGCUGAUCGGCUCCUGAAAGUCCCAGGCCCCAUAGUCCUGAGGCAGUGGCCUUGGUAAUGCCCAGGGGCAUUCUUUGUGGGAAAAGUGGAAGGAGAGAGAACCAGUGUCCUGGCAUCAGAUUCAGCCACCCCUAAAGUGCAUCCUGUUGCACAUGCUUCAUGACUUGCAAGGUCACACCCUACCUACAAGGUGGAUCUGGGGAUGGAAUGCCACAUCCUCCUCCACUGCACGGAGAACUCCCACCCCAAAUGUUGGAGGGUAAAAUCUCAGGACCUUCAGGGCCCCCUGAGAGUUCUGUUCUAGGAUUUAGAGGAAGCUCUUUUAACAUGGCCAAGAGCAAAAGACUCAGAGACCGAGCGCCUACCUGUGGCUCCUGUUAGCUCUCCACUGGGCACCCCCACCCCACCCCACUUCUCCCUCCUUUUCUCCUGGCCAUCUCAGCCUGACCUUUCUGACCCUUCCACCACAGAGGAGUCUUGAAUCUAUGAGGGAUUAAAAAAUAAACAGCACAGUGGUGAGCAGAAAAAGGGUCCUUUUCAUUAUCCCACCCCUCACCAGAGGACGGGCUAGUGUGGCCACCUGGCAGUCUUUGUCUUGUGCUGCUUGUCAUUAAGGGUCUUUAGGAGAUGCAGCACCUGAGCUUUGGAUAAACAGAGACAGAAGGGUCACUAGAGUAUGGGGGAGUGUGUGUGUGUGUAGCGUUCACAGGCUGACAAACACUAAUAGUUGCUAGUUUAGAUUGGAAGAAAGAGGAGCUGAACCUACAGCAUUAGCAGGCCACACGUGUUUAUAACUACAGAAUCUCCUUAAGACGGUUUGUCACUCAACAGGCCAGGCCUGCCCCGCUGAAGGUGGGAGGAGGAGCUCCAGUCUUUCUGAGUGUGACCAAGCUAUCAUGGGCUCUAAGUCUUGGGUUUUGUUUUUUUUUUAAAUGUGUCAUUUUCCCCAUGUAUUGGCAAGGUAUAACUGCUAAUGUAACACUAUUAAAUAUAUAUAUAUAUACUAAUCUACAUAAAAGUGUCUGUAUUUUAUGCAAUUUUUUUCCCCAUUUAGUUAUAAGCCAAUUUUACUUAAAAAAAUAAUCUGUCAGCCACUCAUGAUCUGAAUUCUGGUGAUCUAUUAAAUUAUGGUACACAUACAAAGGCCAUGAGACAUUUCUUUUCUGCAAUAAGGCAGGCAGUGACUGUUACUCAUUAGUAGCUUUUUUGAGGUAAGCUAGUAAGUCUGCCCUUUCUCCCUUCUUAUGCCAGUGAAGAUCAUUUUUGUUCCAGGGAUGUACUUCUUGGGAUUCUCCAAAUAUUCUAUCAAUGUAUCCUCUUCCCAGGUGAUGCCUUUGAUCUUGCUGGCAUCUGUGUAAGAGAAUCCAACAACCUGACCUGUCUUCAGACCAUGGAGAUUUGGUCUUGUGCCUGCAUCCCUUCUCCACAGUGUGGCACUGGGCACAGUUCUGUACAAAAAUCUUGCCUUUCUCAACAUUGCCCAUUUUAAAGUCGCUCUUUCAUCGUUACCACAAGGAAGGUUCUAGCUCAGAAGCCAGAUGUCCUGCUCUCUCAUAACGCUUUUUAAAAGAAUAAUUCUUUUUUAUGCUUCCACAUAGAUGAGUCCCCUGAGUUUCGGUCAGAAACUGUCACCUGUAGCCUGUUCUCCCACUCCCUGGGAGCCAAAAUGAUCGAAUAGAAAUAAAAUAUUUUGUAUUUUGUGAACUGUAUGAAAUGGAGAUUUCUGUCCAUUAAGUGAACACAUCCACAUUCUCUCUGCUUUCACCUCACACAUUCACUGGGCUGCUCUUACAGCAAAGUUAAGAAGUUUUGACAGAACUGUCUACAAAAUCUAAAUGUUUACUAUCUGGCUUUUCUAGAACUUGUUUCUUCCCUGAAGUCUAGAGUCACUAACACAGGCCUUGGGGAGGAACUGCGAAUGCUCAGCUCAUGCUUCCUGCCCUCCGCAGGUCACUGCAUAACAAGUCGGACGCCCCCUGCUGGAGAAGUCUGGCAGUGCAGUAGCGAUAGUGGUGGCUGGGUGGUCAGACUAGGGGAGUGUGUACUUAAGACGUACCCUAACCCUGCUUUUAUCACUAAUAAAGCCAGCUUUAAAAAGUGUACUGAGGUAUAAUUCACUUACAGUAACUGCACACACCUAAAGUGUGUAAUUUGAUGUUUCGAUGUGUGUGCACAUCUGUGAACCCAUCACCAUAAUCAAGCUCAUGAACAGGUAUCACCCCCAAAAAUUUCCUCGUGACACUUGGAAACCUCUCCUUCCCCAGCACUCACUGGAGAUCACCAUGAAUAUUCUAGAGUUUCAUAUAAAUAGACAUACAGGACACACCACCCACUUUUGGAGCUUUCUCCCCUCAAGAAAAUCGCACUUUCUAUUUAAGUCAAUCAGCAACAUUGGUGAGGUCAGUGCGUGUACACGUGCAGGUGCUGCUGAUGGGAGCAGGGCUGUCGAAGUUGAGUGAAGUAAUUACACAGCUCCGGGUUUGUUGUCUGUUAAGAAUUCUGCAUUAAUUUUAGCAGAGACCAGAACUGUGCUUUUUGAAAGUAAAUGAACCAGAUCUUCACAGCAGGUCUCCGCAGUGGUGGGAUUGGGGGGGUGAAAUCUCUGAGAUGGGGCCAAGUGGGAGGUAGUUCCGUCCCUGGAGACCUCUCCUUGAAGGAGCCGUGGGGACGCAGGCUCUUCUCUCUUUCUGCUUCUCCGUGGCUGAGGUGGACAGCCUUCCUCCUCAGUGUGCUCCACCAUGAUACUGGAAGUCCCCGGCCCCUCAAACAACAGGGCCAAGUGACCAUGGAUGGAAACCGUGAUGAAGAUGAAUCAUUCCUCCUCCUAAGUUGAUUAUCUCUUGUCAUAGCAAUGGAAAGCUGAUCAAAUACACUUUCCAUUACUGAAACUAAACUUUUAAACAAAGUUUCUCAGUGUUAUGGGCUGAACUGUAUUUCCUUGACAUUUGUAUGUUGAAAUCCUAACCCUCCAUAUUCUGACUGAGAUCAUGUUUGGAAAUCUCUUUGAGGAGGUAAUGAAGCUAACAGGAGGCCAUCAGGGUGGGCUCUAAUCCAGUUUUUCUGGUGUCAGAAGAGAUCUGGACCCACAGAGAGAUACAGGGCCAUGUGCACAGAGACCAGGUGAGGACAGUGAUGAGGAGGGACCAGGGACGUGUGAGAGGUGAUGAGCCUCUGUCCUGGACGGGCUGAUCCAUGCAUGACAGUGAUGGGCUGAGUCUGCCUGGAACUCUUGCUGUGUGAACCCCUGUGCUGCUCAGGAACUCUGCCAGCAAGAAGGCUGUCACCAAAUGCACUCCUGCCACCACGCCAGAAUCCUGAGCUGAAAUAAACUUAUUUUCUUUAUAGCAUAAUCUGUCGUAUUAUUAGCAACCGAAAACAGACAAUUUAAAAAA